AUGCACCCAAACCCUAAUAAUACCACUGACUAUCAAACCAGAGGCGGCGAAAGCAGAAAUCAAGAUGGGCUUCUCGUCCUGACUUUUCAAAGCGAUAGUGACCAAUCCCCAGACAAUAGUGCCAGAGUACACGACAUCCUGCCUAUGGUAAUAGUCAACAAAGUGCAAUCCGAUAAUACCGAGGAUUACAAUCGCGAUGGUGGAAAAGAGGACAGUAUUCAAAAAUGGUAUGGUGAUCCAUAUGUUGUUGACUGUUUCAAUGGUUAUCCAACUCAAGUAGAUGGUGAACGACCAAUGAACGAAGAGACGGUCAAAAAUAUUCUUGGGAGGGUAAUAUAUGAUAUUGUGAUAUAUUUUGGACAAGAGCAUGAGCAGGCAGACCGAUAA